AUGUUGAGCUAUACAAGGCUAUUUGUGCUGUGUGCCCUGCUGCUGUACAGCAUCGCUGGCGCCGCUCCAGGCAGCAGCCACCUCGGGGUGUUUGAGCAAGUCGCUGGCAUUCCUGACGGCUGGUACCAAGGGCCGCGAGCACCAGCGCUCGCACGUCUCAAACUCCACAUCGCGAUUCGCCAGGAUGACAAGCACGUUUUCCUCCAAGAGCAAUUGCUGAGGAUCUCCGAUCCCGACAACGAGCUGUACGGCCAACAUUACGAGGCCCACGAGCUCGACGCACUCUUGCGUCCCGAGCCGACAAUUUCUAACGCUGUGCUUGACUGGCUUGAGGAACAAGGAAUUUCGGCGACAGACGUGCAAGACAAUGGAGAUUGGAUCAACGUCAACACCACCGUCACGCAGGCAGAGAGUCUCCUCGAUACGACCUUCUACUUGUUCUACCACGCAGGAGACAAAAGCUGGCGGAUUCGCACCCUCGAAUACUCCAUCCCUGACCGGCUUCAUGCUUACAUCCAAACAAUCCAACCGACGACCCAUUUCGCCCGUUCGCGUGCGGCCCAACAGCCCGGCCCACCGGCGAGCUCGAUCCCCGUCUACGGGUCAGCAACCAAACUGAACGCAACGUAUUGCAACACCACCACCUCGCCAGACUGUAUCCGUGCGCUCUAUGGCAUAGGCAACUUCCGUGCCAACGCCAGCUCCGGCUCACGAUUGGGGAUUCCCGCGUUUGCCAGCCAGAACGUGCUCCGAUCCGACCUGGCUCUCUUCGUGGACAAAUGGGCACCAUACGCGCGAGGCGCAAACUUUUCCAUCUCAUCCGUGAAUGGUGGCGUCAACAACCAAUCCACCGACGCGGACUGGGCCUCGGAGGCCAACAUGGACGUCCAGUACGGUCUGACGCUCUCGUACCCGACGCCGGUGGACUUCUACAAGGUCGGCGGCAGGGGCCCAUGGAUCCCCGAUUUGCAAUUGCCAGACAAACCCGGCGUGCUGAACGAGCAGGAGCCGUUCUUGGAGUAUUUGCAGUACAUGGUCAACCUGACCAACGACAAACUACCGCAGGUGAUCAGCAUUUCGUACGGGGAAGACGAGCAGACCCACCCCGUGUCCUACAUGCUCAGCGUGUGCCAGUUGUUCGCCAAGCUGGGUGCUCGCGGUGUGAGCAUCAUCACGUCCAGCGGCGACGGCGGUCCAGGGGAUGGCUGCAUGACCAACGACGGGCGCAACCAGACGAGGUUCAUGCCCCAGUUUCCCGCAAGCUGCCCAUGGGUCACGAGCGUGGGCGGUACGGGCCAAGUGCAGCCGGAGAUCGCUGAGCGAAUGUCUGGCGGGGGGUUCAGUGACGUGUUCGCCCGCCCGGACUACCAGCACGAGCACGUCGAGACGUAUCUGAACAGCACCGCGGUCAAGAACAAGUUUCAAGGACUGUACAAUCGGACCGGGAGGGGCAUCCCGGACGUGGCGGCGCAGGCGUGGACCACGUUCCCCAUCUUCCAUCUCGGCCGGGAGCAAUUGAGCGGAGGCACGAGCGCCGCCACGCCGACCUGGGCCGCCAUCAUCGCCAACAUCAACUCGGCCCGCCUAUCCCGAGGCCAGAAGCCGCUGGGGUUUUUGAACCCCUGGCUCUACAGCAAGGCCUUCACCAACAAGGCGCUCACGGACAUCACGGAAGGGUCGUCCAGCGGAUGCGAAAACGUGACGAACUCGGGCGACGACGCGCCGGGGGUUCCUGACGCUGGCUGGCAGGCGGUCAAGGGCUGGGAUGCUGCCACGGGGCUGGGCACGCCGGACUUUCCAAAGCUGCUCGAUUUGGCCGUGGGGAAGUGA